UCUGAGGGACGGGCGCACUUCCGGGGUCGUGUCAGCUGGCGUGCCGAGUGUGUGCGGUGUCCUGAGGAACGCGGUCGCAGGUGCCAUGUUCCUGACCGCCCUCCUCCGCCGCAAUCGCCUUCCUGGCAGACAGUGGAUCGGGAAGCACCGGCGGCCGCGGACCGUGUCUUUCCACGCGAAGGAGAAGAUGAUCCGUCGCCUGGAGGUAGAGGCGGAGAACCAUUACUGGCUGAGCAUGCCCUAUCUCACCGCGGAGCAGGAGUACGGCCACGCCGCGGAGCGCAGGGCGGCGGCCUUCGAGGCCAUCAAGGCGGCCAGCAUGUCCAAGUUCCCCCCCAACAGAUUUGUGGUAGACCAGCUCGACCACCUCAAUGUCUCCAAGAAGUGGUCCUAACCCGGAGCCACCACCUUUCAGUUGGACGGAUCACAGGGCUGCCACCUCUUGACCCGAUUCUGGAACCGAAAAACUAACCUCUGGGGAAAAAAAUGAGCAUUUGGACCAGCCUUAUUGAACAGCAGGCAUGAGUGUAGUGGUCUGCAUAUAGAAUAUCUGGGGCUCCAAACUCUUUAAUGCUUCAUAGUCCUGUCUAGUCCAGUCUCUGUCCUGUUUCCUUUUCCGUUACCCUGAUGGGAAGAUACAAGAGAUUUCCUAGGUCACAGAGGAUAUAAAAUGUAUUUUGGAUGAAAGCUUCCAAAAAAGCUACAAACUGUGGUUUGGAAUCUGUGCUUAAGUAUGAGAUACUUGAUGGGGGUUUACCUUUCUUCAAAAGAAUAAUUGCCUAAACAUAAUUUUUAAAAAAAGUUUUUUCAGUUACACAUACUCCUACAAAUAGCAUUUUCUUCUGGGAUUGCUAAAAGACAUUUCAAUAAAGUAAAAGGUACUCAUCAGAACUGUUACAUGAAGUUUUAUUUUAAAAACCUCUUUUGAGGUACCUGGGUGGCGCAAUCGGUUAAGCCGGUCUAAC